AUGGCGAGUGGGAGCUUGCAGGUCCGGUUCCCGGAUAUGUCCACGACCAAACAGAAGGCGAUCGAAGAUGCGAAGAAAAUGCAAGCGAUUGUGGAGGAGGACUGCGGGAAGGCAGGGAAGGACGUGCCGCCGUAUCAGCUCCAGGAGCUGAUCGGCAAGGGGAAUUACGGGCGGGUGUACAAGGCCACAGACGUCAACACGAAGGCGCUCGUGGCGGUCAAAAUCAUCAACAUCGAGGAAGGGGACACGCUGAAUCCCAAGCUGGCCGACACGUACAGCGAGUUCAUGCACGAGUUCUCGGCGCUCAAGAUGCUCAGCGAGAGCGGAGCGAAAAACAUUAACCUAACCCUCGACGCCCUUCCGGUCGGGCAGGCUAUGUGGAUGGUGACGGAGUACUGCGCGGGAGGAAGUGUGGCGACGCUCAUGAAACCGACGGCGCCGGGGGGGUUGCAGGAGAAAUGGAUCAUUCCGAUUGUGAGAGAGGUGGCCGAGGCUAUUUAUUGGGUGCACAAGGAGGGCAUUAUCCAUCGCGACAUCAAGUGCGCCAACGUCCUGGUCACCGAGGCCGGAAGCGUGCAGUUGUGCGAUUUCGGUGUGGCCGGGAUCGUCGAGUCGAAACUGGACAAGCGCACUACCUUCAUCGGAACGCUGAACUGGAUGGCCCCCGAGCUGUUUGAUCCGGAACCGGCGUACAGCACGCCGGUUGACAUCUGGGCCUUUGGCUCGCUGGUGUACGAACUGGCCUCGGGGUUUCCGCCCAACGUGAUGGCAGGCUUCAAUGUGCAGCAGCUCGGUCAGUACAUUAAACACCACGCGCCGCGGCUCGAGGGCGACUACUCGGAUCAGAUCAAGGACCUGGUGGCGUUUUGUUUAGUGGAAGACCCAGCCAAGCGACCGACGAUUCAGGAAAUCCAGCAACAUCCGUUCAUCUUUGGAACGAGUGCCGUAUACCCAGCGGCUUCGCUGGCCAAUCUCGUCAAGGCAUACAAGCUCUGGGAGGGCCAGGGCGGUAUUCGGAGGUCUCUAUUUACUCCAGUCGGCGUGCAAGGACCGUCAGACUACGCAUCCUCGGAGCCCCCGAGCGACGAGUGGAACUUUAGCACUACAGUCGACUUUGACCGGCAAGUUAUGAACACGGAUGCCCGGGCCGUCUUUGACGUGUACGGGUCCAACGUUGACUUUGAGUACGACGAGCAAACCUCGCGCCCGGCCAAGCCCAAGCCGCGCCGACGCCCGCCUCCUCCACAGCUGCAACCUCACAAAGCGCCGCUCGAAAAGGUAUUUGACCCUAAUACUAUCUCUAACUAUGAAGACAACUCGCGGGCUUACUAUGGGAGAGCACCCCCGCUCCCGAUGACCACCACUACCACGACCACUUCAGAUCUCCCGCUGCGAGACGACUCACUACACUCGACGCUCCGGGAAUCGUUGAUCGAUCUUGAUGCUUCUCUGCAUGACGGCGGUGACCUCUCCCAGUUCGUCGACAUGGCGACCAUCCGAGCCGGCAUGCGCGUUCCCAGCGACUCCGACGACGAGACAACAGAUUACAACCGACCGCCCCUAAGCGACCCCGCCGACCUCAACCCCAACCGUCGCACGCAAGAGUGGAAGUUCCCCACGAUGGUGGCGCCCCCGGCGUCGGCCAAUCCCGAGAUGUCUCGGUUCCCGUUCCACGAAGAACGGGCCGACCCAACCCCGUCGCGCCCGCCCAUGAUCUACCACCCGACCGAUCCGAGCGGCUACCUGUCGUCAUCAGAGUCCCACGAUCUCGGACCCCCGCCUGCCCACCAACACAAUCAGUCCCAUCCGUUCCAUCAGCAGCAGCAGCCUCAGACUCAGCAUCACCAACUGCAAAUGCAAAUGCAAAUCCCGGACAACCGCGCCUCGGUAGGCAGCCUCAUCGACCUCGACGAAGGGCUGGUGAUGCCAGAGUUAACCCGCCCGUCUACGGCCAACUCGGACGUCGUUUCAGUGACUGGGUCCGAUAUUGGCGGAGCCAACCCAUUCGACUUGGAACGCCACGCCUCUCUGUACCAGCCCCUUGGUAGUACCACCCAACUCGGCGGCAUACGCGAGCCAUCCAUCUUUAUCUCUGACGACAGUGAUUUCGCGGCGCGCCUGGCCAAGUCCACCGAGGCUGACGAUGGUCACGGUCCAAUUCCGCCUGAUUUCAUACCCCCGGGUAUGAACCGCAGCGGAUCGCAGUCUGUAUCCCACUCCCGCUCCACCAGCUACGACGAUGACAGUUACUCGGUUUCCGGGUACGACUCGGAGUAUCUCCCCGCUGGGGGAACUUCUGCUGUGGUGGGCUCGGCUCCGAGGGAUAUUACCGACCGGCGCAGUCGUGCGAGGACUAGGGCAAGGUCACAGUCGAAUGCGAGUUUGGGUAGUCAGCAGCAACAACAAAAAUAUCAGAAUCAGCAGUAUCACCAGAAUCACCAACAACCCCCCCGGAUCGUCACCGGCAUGGACAUGAGAGCCAGCAUGGCGAUGGCGAUGGACCCCAACGGGGCAGAUCUCAAUAAUACGGCGCCUCCGCUCCCCCCCUCAGCAAAUGUCAUGCAAGGCACGGCAGAACGGGAAGAAGUUAGGGACGAGGUGAUGCGGUUGUUGGCCGGGUUUGGGGAACAGUUGGGGAUGGCGGGGGAGUUUGUUAGUGCGCUGCCUGUGAGAAGGGGCAGGAGGGGGAGUGAGAGGGAAUGA